GGAUCACAACGUCCGAAAUUGUUCCAGCUCAGAUGCCUCAUAUCAUUACUUUCUGCGAGACACGUUAUACUUCGAGCUGCAACAGGCUCUGGAAAGACCCUUGCUAUGAUUCUCCCUCUACUCCUUUCUCCCAACAAGGCACGUAUCACUAUCACACCUUUGAAAUUGCUG